AAGUUUCAGAAAACAACUUACUUCUCAUUUAUAUUUCGUCCAACCCAUAUUUCAAUCAAACAGGGUGGACGUAGCGAAUUUGCAACGUUAGGAAACUCAGAUGUUUUGGGUCACAGAUACCUUUUCAUUGAAUGGUAUGCAUUUCAGGAAAAAAAUACUGUCGAGGAGAUUUGCGAAUCGAUGUGCCCACUUUAUCAUGGUGGCGCCGAAGCGGUACGUAUUUCGAAAAUAUUUUGUAUUGUUGCUAUCGCCACACUCUAUUUGCUAGCUCUAAUUGUAAAGGGUGUAUGUCGUUUGGCGUGA